AACAAGAAGUAAAAAAUGCAGAAAAAUAUCGGUCACGUGAUAUCUGGCUUCCAUGAUUCGAACAUGAAUGACAUUUCGAACGAACGUAUUUAUAUAGAUAGUGCGCUUAGCGUUGCGAACGUUUUAUACCUUUUGUUCCAACUAAGUAUACUCCAGUUCUACACCAACAAGCAAUAUUAAAAAUAAUUAUCAUUUGUAGAGUUUUGUUCUAUGGUUUAUGUUAAAGUUGUCAAGAAUACAGUCCUCUCCAUGUUGAAGAGCUCAAAUUCUCUUGGAGAAGUCAUGGCGGCAAUAUCCCUAUUUUUGCCAAAACUGUAGUGAAACUUCUGUUAAACGGACACUUUUGGGGACCAAAAAAAAAAGUUUUCUGUUUACUUACAGGAAGGGUACCCUAAUGAAGAAGUUUAACACCGUUGGUUUUAUUAUUGAAUAUGAUGGCAAUUUUUUGGUACUUGGCCUUCAUUACAUAAGCUUUUUCAGAAAAUAGUGCUAAAAAAAAUGGAUCCUGAUCUUUACUAUAAGCUAAUACCCUCUCCCACGUUCUGGACUGGACUUACCAUAGAUUAUGAUACAAUUUUAUUUGAGUCAUCUGUUCAGUCACUUCUUGAUUUGUGUUUGGAUAAGCUUGUGAGUAACGAGCUCCAUAUAAGAUGUAUUUAUAGAAGAGUACCCCCAAAGUUUCAUUUCUUAUUACUGAAAAAAGCUUUUAUUGAAGGUAGAUUUCUGUCGAUUAUACCUCUCUUGAUUCAUUAUCCUGAACAAUACUUUGAUAUUCCAAUUCCCAAUAGUCUACGAAAUUGGUCUGUGUUUUUGUCAAAUUCAGAUAAUAAUUAUAGCCUUAUGAAACCUGUAGUAAGCUUCAUUCCUGCAGUGAUCAGAGCAUUCUUUACUAAUAGCAAUUCUAAAUUACGUAUACUUGAUAUGAGUCAAGUAUUUAUUCCCACUGUUUUGUUGAGUGAUUUUUUAUCAUUACUUCAAGAAGAUUCUUUUCAGAUAAGUUCACCUAAUCAGACUUAUACUUUGAAGGUACGUUUCAUUUCCGUUUUCGAGGGAGACAGAAAGAUCCUUUGUGACAUCAAAAGAGUUUUGUUAAAGAAUAAAAAUAUUAAUAUAGAGGUGAUCGGUCUGCAUAUAUUUAGUUUAAGUAAUGAAGAACCAUUUCUGGAACUUUUCCAUGCAAUGGAUAAAGAAGAACUUCUUCAUUUUUCUCUUGAAUUAAGUAAGCUCAUUGAUAUAGCAAGAUUUAUCCCAGAAUUGCAGCUAUUUCGUAAUCUACAGACACUAAAUUUAGCAUAUUUUCAAAAUGGGAUAGCCUUAGAUUCUAAUUAUUCGACUAUUCUAGCUUGUGCCUUAAAUAGUUUUAUUCAUCUCAAGCAAUUAAGCUUGAGAGCAUGUUGCUUGAGUAACUUAUUACGAAAGCUUUUAAAGCAUAAUUGUGACCAAAUAUAUACUUGCACGAAAAGUAAUAACUGUCUGAUUAAUUGUUGUGUUGUACAUCGUGGGAAACUAGAAUAUCUAGAUGUUUCAAGCUGCAAACUGAAAAAUGAUGAUUUCCUUGUACUGAAAGAAUUUUCCUUUGCCAGUUCUUUAAAGUAUUUAAAUCUGGGACACAAUUAUUGUGAUGUGACAAGAUUGGCUGAGUUAAUAGAAAAAAUAGGUUCAUCUCUAGUUGUUCUAGUCAUUGAAAAAUGUUUAGGCCCUGAUGUCCAACUAAAACCUCUUUUUUCCAAAUUUGAACAUUUAUUUAAAUUAAAAUCGUUGAACAUGAAAGAAAUGCAAAUCAGUGUAGAAGAUGUGACAGCAUUAUUGAAAGCAUUGGAAAAAAUGCCUGAACUACGUCAAAUUGCUUUAUCUAAAACUGAUGUAUUUUCUGACUUUUCUGGCAAAUUUGAAAAAUUGAAAUGUAAGAAUCAUUUACAAGUAGUUUGGAGUCAAGCAAAACAUAAUACACGAAGACCUUAUGUCCUACGGGCUCAAGAAUAGUAUUAGUGGAGAUUUCUAGUUUGUUGUAACUAUUUUGGAGAUUUCUAGUUUGUUGUAAUAAUUUAUAGUUUGUGUUGUUGUUUGUUGUAUAAGUAAAGAAACAGAGGGGACAUAAGUUUUAAGUACCAAAUGAAAAAAGUGUUAAAAUGGCGAAACAGCUUUUUAUUCUACGUUAAGUAAUAUUUUUGUUUAAUAUAUCCCUCUAAUAAUAUCUUAACAAUGCAGUUUCCAACUGAACUGAAUUUUGACUGUUUUUCCUGAUUUUAUCCAAAAUUCUUGUUCAUUUUGUAUAUUUUAGAAAAUGUAAAAAUCUCUAAAAAAAAUUCUGAAAAUAAAUUUCCUACCUCUUUUAUUAUUUGCUGAAGAAUUUAGGUAACAAAUAUUACUACUAAAUAAUAAAAUGAGCAUAGUAGAAAGUAAAUUAUAAAAAUAAAUUCUAUUUUGUUUCUGUAAUCAGCUGAAUCUUCAUUUGUUAUUUUAAUUUCAGUAUUCUUUGUAUCAUAAACAAAAUAUUUUUAAUUAAUUUAAAGUGAACAAAAGAACAUGUUAAAAUCUUGACAUGUAUGCUUAUAUAUUUGUUGUAUUUUUUAAUUAGAAAACUAAGAACCAUUAAAAAUUAUAAAAAUGAUAAUAAAUUACUUUUAAUCAUUGAUAAAAUUGAAAAUAUUUUCAGCCUUGAAACUUGUAUAAUGUACUGUUUACCGCUUUUUGUGAGUGAUAAUGUGACUAAAAAGUGUGCUUUGCCUCAUGGGCCGUGUUUUGGUCAAGACAUAUUUAGAGAAUUGGAAUUAUCAUAAUUAUAUUAUGUAUUAAUUAGUAAUUUAAUGUCCUGUAUUUUUAUUAUUGUUUGAGAAUUUUAUACUUGAACAUGAAGUAAACUUUACUAUUUAAAAUGUAUAUUUGUAAUAAAUGAUUUUCUUUCAUAAUUGUGUUCACAAAUUAUAUUUGACAUCAGUGUACAUUUAUUAAAAGGCCCAUUUUUAUUUAUUUAUUUAUUCAUUGAAAAAAAUAAGUAAAUAUGCAUGUAAAUUGUAACAAGAAAGUGUAGAAAUAAAUAAUUUAUAUUGUAUACAAAAUUUAA